CGUGCUGUAACACUUUUUGGCAGAGGAAGGGGAGGGGAUGGUUUUUGGCAGUAAUCAGGGUUGCCAUCAAACGGAUACUGACUGAGGCACAGGGGAGAAAGCGGGAUAGGAAAAUAUCUUGCUAUAAUUUCACAAUAAAGCGGAUCUACCCAGAGUCCUGAUGUGAUCAUCAUCCCUGAACAGAAACAUUAGCCUGCCCCGAAGUCAGUCCUCAACCAACCGUGGACAAUCUGGAUUGGAUAUCAAAGAUAAUCCGUCCUUAUCCCCGUUAUCUGCCUGCACUGGACCUGGUACCAUAGAUAUUUUCACCCUAGUCUGGCAGCUAGACUGCUCCACUAUACCCUGAUGAAUGAAGACCCCAUUCGGGAAGAGUGCGCCCGGCCAGAGAUCCAGAGCCGAUGCAGGACACACAGGUGUUUCUUCAAACAUGAAGAAAAAGGACUCCCACAAGAAACACAAGAACAGCAUGGGCCCCAACAAGGUGGUGUCGUCGUCUGCGCCCCGCCGGAACAUGGUGGGCUGUCGUAUCCAGCACAUCUGGAAGGAGGGGAGCACUGCGUCUCAGUCGCUGUGGAAAGGCAUGGUGCUGGACCAGGUGCCCGUCAACCCCUCGCUUUACCUCAUCAAGUACGACGGCUUUGACUGUGUCUACGGCCUGGAGUUACAUAAAGAUGAGAGGGUGCAGGGACUUGAGGUGCUCCCUGACCGUCAAGCCUCCACGCGCGCAAGCGACGUCAACCUGGCCGACACGAUGAUAGGGAAGGCUGUAGAGCAUAUGUUUGAGACGGAGGACGGGACUAAAGACGAGUGGAGGGGCAUGGUUCUGGCCCGAGCCCCCAUCAUGAACACCUGGUUCUUCAUCACCUACGAGAAAGACCCCGUUCUGUACAUGUACCAGCUCCUAGACGACUACAAGGAGGGAGACCUGAGGAUCAUGCCUGACUCCAAUGACACUCCGCCUGCAGAGCGGGAGCCAGGGGAGGUAGUGGACAGUCUGGUGGGGAAACAGGUGGAGUACGCCAAAGAGGACGGCUCCAAACGAACUGGCAUGGUUAUCCACCAGGUGGAUGCCAAACCCUCAGUCUACUUCAUCAAGUUCGACGACGACUUCCACAUCUACGUCUACGACCUUGUCAAGACCUCCUAAGGCGACCUUUUACCCUUUGACCUUUUCACACUACUGAGCCGAAUCGAGCUGUACUGGGCUGGCCUGGUUACACGUACAUCCACCAUAGCUGAAAAGACUAUGCGAAAAUAUGUUAGAGUUGGUACAGUUUGUCUGACGUCGGCACGGUAGUGUGAAAAGGGCACUGGGUCUCUGGGCCUAGAGGACAGGAGGUCUGUCUGGGGAGUUAAUGAUGGAUGCAGGAAAGACGAUGGUCAUCAUCACCACAUGGAACCUUACCUUAUCCACCAACUUUUCUUAAAUAUAUCUCGAACGUUUCCUGCAACAGCUUCUUUGAGAUGCGACAGAUGGACAGCUAGAUUGGAUAUUUCACUGAAGCCUUUGGAUUGCUACUAAAGCAUCUAGUGUUCUAGAAUCUAGUCAGAAGAGAGAGAGGGGUCACUGUGCAACUGAGUUAUUGGCCACUCGAUUGGCUGAGAAGACUAUUUGUUUCUGCAACUGGCUAUCCCCUAUCAGAGUAAAGAUCUGAAGGAUUUGUUACAUAGAUCCCUUUGUAAGGGGAGGGACGGGAAAAAGAUAUCGGCGUUAUUUGAACACUGCGUAUUUAGUGCGACCUUUAAAGUUAAUUACUAUCUGGGUUUGUUUCCAUCUCAGAGAAUUGUUCAAUCCUUGACUAUGAUUAUAUUUGUUUGUUUGUAAUGUUAAAAGAUACACAACAACAUAUGCAGUGAGCAAAGGCAUUUGUUGGAAGUUUUGUGAGGGACAUGACCAUUGUUUUAAUUCAAAUGUUUCUUUGUUUUUUUCCCAAUAACUUUUUCAUGUAUGUUCAUAUAUAAUGAUAGUUAAAUACUGAUGCCGAUAUUUGCAGUUUUAUCUUAAGCACUAAUUUCAAAGAAUCCACUCAGAAAACAUUUACGCAGUUGUCUUUAUAAGUUUUGCCUUUUAAUAAUAAUUAUAUGUUGAUCAUUCUCAACAAACACUAUUCAGAAUGGUUGACCAGUGAGAACGUUAAUCUGUAGUCGUGAGACUGAGUUUGUUCAUUAGGCCUUGCCAAAGCCCUCGAACCUUAUCAUUCAUGAUCCAAUCAUAAUAACCGCAAUAAUUAUUAUAAUUAUUCAGAUAAUACUUAUGUUUGUUAUUAUCGUUCCUGUAGUCAUAUGUUUACCUUUUUGGGGGGGGGGGUGGGGGGUGUCAAGCAUAGUUUCUAUUUUUGUUUAUUUUUUACUUUCAUUGUUAUAUGUUAUUUAGAGACAUCUUCUUCACCUCUGUCUUUGUGUUAAACAGACUUUCUGUUUAAUUGGCAUAGUAACCUUUUAGUAAACUGUUUUAUCAUGCCUUUAAAAAAAAUUAAGACAGUAUGGUGAAAGCACUGCAACGUAUUUGGAAACUAAAACUUCAAACCAGCUCCUCAAAAGUGUUCUAAAUUCAGCAGUACCACUACAACAAUACUAAAGUGUUCUAAAUUCAGCAGUACCACUACAACAAUACUAAAGUGUUCUAAAUUCAGCAGUACCACUACAACAAUACUAAAGUGUUCUAAAUUCAGCAGUACCACUACAACAAUACUAUAGUGUUUCUAAAAUCUUCACACAACUGUUAAUUCACAACAAGUAUUCAAAACUUUAAAAGCAACACCCACUUUAUAGAGUGCAUGUAAUAUUGUACUCAAGGAAAGGUUACUAGCCUCAAUUAGAUUUUUAUUUGCCAUAUUUUGUUGAGAUGAGCUGUUUCCCGCCAUUAUUUAAAGCUUAUAAUAAUGUAGUUAAAAUGUGCUAGCGGUUUCUGGCUUUCUCUGUGUGUGGGUGGGUGUGUGACAAAACAACAUUCAACAGACGCCCCUAGUAGGCCCCUUUGGAAUGUUACAAUGGUUGUCAGAGAAACAGUGGGCUACUGAGCACUCUAGAACCUCUGACAUACAGAUGUUGUUAAUUACUGUAGUAACAUUUAGUGUUCAUGUGACUGUAUCCCCUCCUCUACACUCCUCUGCCUUACUACUCUUUCUCCAUGCCCUUCUUGACCUUUAGCAGUGUUUAUUCCCAGUCUCUGAAGAGGUAGUAUAGUCCUGAUAUUUUCAUUAGCCUGUGUAGUAACAGAACAGAUGUGCCGUUGUGACUGAUUUGCGAUUAGAUAAACCACUGCAUCUUCAGCUGAAGUGCCUGCAGAGACAUAUAAAGCCCAUUAGUUUUUAUUUUUACAUUUUAUAACUGUUUUUCUUUCUUUGACUGUAUGGCUGAAUGGUAGCUUUAGAAAUGAAAACCUGAGAGAAAAUAAACACAAGUAUCUUAUGUAUCCUGUUGUAUUCCAAACCGCAAACUGACUUGUGUUUUAUGCAAGAUGUCACCUUCAGGAAAAUAAUUGAAAGUGUUUGAUGGAUUGGCAUUUCACACUGUGUUUGAUGUUGGUUCAUUUUGGGAUAAAAAAUUAAAAAAGAGAAUAUGAAAAUAGUCCAUUAUUUUUGCAUGAGUAGCAGAAACAGUAGAACUGUAAGUGGAAGUUAGUGUGAGAUACACACAUGCAUCUGUCAACUUUUUCUAUGAGGUUAUCUUCAUUCUGUUACCUGUUGUGACGCUCCCUUUUUUAUUUCCCUGUUUUGCAUUUCUUAAGAAAAGCAAAGUAAUUUUUUGUAUUACAUUUUUGAUUCUGCUCUGCUAUAGGAUGAAACUCACUGGGGUUGUGUGAGGGGCCAAUAGAAAGGCCACAUGAUGCCAGUGUUACACAGCAUUUGAGGGAUCAUAUCUUUCACAUACAAUACCAAUGUUGUCCGUAAAUAUUUUUUAUGUAUCUUUUGAGUGCCACAAGGAAAACAUGAACUCAAAGAAAAAGGCCCUAUAAAAUUGGUAGGGGGAUGUUUAUACAGCAUAUAUAUAUAUAUGAGAGAGAGAGAGAUGUAUAUGUGUGUAUAUAUACAUAUGUGUGCGUGUAUGUAUGGGGUGUGCAAGGUAGGUAGCACAUCUUAGUUACAUAUCAGAAGAAUAAAGGCACAUCUUAGUUACAUAUCAGAAGAAUAAAGGCACAUCUUAGUUACAUAUCAGAAGAAUAAAGGCACAUCUUAGUUACAUAUCAGAAGAAUAAAGGCACAUCUUAGUUACAUAUCAGAAGAAUAAACAAUGUACAUAUACACUUAAGAGAAAAUAUAAGGGUCUUCAUUUCUCAAAGUUACUCUUAAAUCAGUUUAAAAUAAGAUCGAAAACUAUGAUUUACUGUAUAUGGUCCCUUUUAGAUGCUGUUGCUCUUUUCUAACGUGUAAAAUACAGUGUAUAGUUGAUUCUUCAUGUUUGUUGGCAUCUACUUCAAUGGAUUCUAUUUGAACUGGUCAUUUGUUAUUACUCUGAACAAUGUAGAGAGUUAAUUUGAUUUGCUUUAGGGGUAUAAGCAUUUAAAAACAUGUUACUUAGAUCUGUCAUUUUUAUAAUUGUUACGUAAGUAUCCUUAUAACAUUUGAGAAAAUAAAAACGUAAUGUGAG